AUGCCUGGCGUUCCUUCGGGGAAGGCUUGCGAAGCAUGCCGCAAACAGAAGAAGAAGUGCGAUGAGAAACAGCCAUCUUGUGGACGAUGUCUACGUCUGAAGAUUCCAUGCGUAGGCUCGGGCCAACAACGCUUCAAGUUCCAAGAAGAAAAGCAAUUCACCAAACAAAUCCGACGACAAUUUAACACUGGCACUCUGCCCACUCCCAGUAGCUCCAGCACCUCAUCAUCUAGUGGUACACCCUCACCUCCAGGCCAACUCAUAUUCAUCCAAGCCAGACCAAGCAGUAGCACCACGCGAUUAGCGCACGCCUUCACCCAAGCCAUCCAGCGCUCCACCGAUAUCCGGUACAACCUCGGGUGGAACUUCGGCCUGUUCCUCGAAGAAGUGCCCCGUCGCCUGGGCACGAAUGAGGCGCUAGACCGCGCCGUCGAUGCAAUUACUAGCGCCCAUACGGACUUCUGUACCCGCAAGCACGGAUCGGUGCAAGCUUUGACUAAGUACUCGGCUGCGCUACGGACUUUGCGGGUCUACCUGGAUGACCCGGUCCAUGCGCAGGAAACGAAUACGCUAGCCGCAGUGAUGAUAUUGCUUAUUUGUCAGUCGAUCAUGGGGCAGACUACCAAGGGCCAGUGGUGGUCUGGACAUGCAGAGGGUGCCAUGCAGAUUCUAAAAGCCCGGAAAGAGUUUGGGCCCCGUAAUGACUUCGAAGCUAAGAUUUACAUGUCCCUGCGAGGGAGCGUGCUCUUCGAAGGGCUCUUCAAUCAUCGAAUCCAACUCAGCGAGAAGGAAUGGGAUUCUCUCAUCGUGAAUGAAUACGACGCAGACAAUCCUGAAGGCCGACUACUACAAACUCUCUCUCGAGCUCCGGGCAUAAUGCGUCGUGCCCGAAUGUUCCUCCGAACAGGAUCCGAUCCAACCGGCGUCCAAGAUGAACUAUGGGCACUAUACCAAGCCUGCAAACUGGACGUCCACAAACUCAAACAAUCCAGCAUCAACAAAGAUCUUUCCCUUGCUGAAGCCUUACCCCACGGAUCCCACCGAGCCUGGCUCGAACGAGUACUCACCGUGCAUUACGAUCGCAUAUACGGGAUCGGUCUCGUGAUAACCCUAUUUUUCAACUGCAUGGUGCAAGCCCUAGAAUUACACAGUAACGCAGUGCAAGCCGACGCACACCACUUCACAGAGGAAAUCCUCAUGCUCGCAGAGAUCUCAGAGGAUCUCCGGCCCGUGGGGUCUGGGUAUCUGAUUAUCUGUCUUACGACGGCGUGGGCGGCGACGAGAGAGCCCGAGCUGAAGGGGAGAGUUCUCGCGUGGCUGUGUGAAUAUCAGAGUGAUUUUAAUAAUCGGCAGGUUAGUCAUUUGCAGCAGGAGUUGCAGUGGACGGCGGAGCAUUUGUGUUUGGGGGAUCCGUUGGGGUUGAGGCAGGAGUUGGAUUAUAUGGAUUAUUUGUUGGAUUGA